AUGAUGUGCUUGUUCAAGCCCAACACCUACGAUCCGAAGGAUUGGCAAUGCCCCAAGCCAAGCUGUAGGACCGUGAACUUCAAGAAGAGGCUGACCUGCAUCUCUUGCGGAGCUCGAAAGCCGGAUGGAGCUAACAGGCCCUUGGAUGACUGGCGAGACGGAGAGAAAACCAGCACGGGCCCAUGGACCUGUGAGUGCGGGGUGAAGAAUGAGGGCGGAGCGAUGUACUGCAUGCAAUGCAAGCAACCAUCUCCGGACAUGAAACGUGCUAUGGAGGAAGAAAAAGCACAGAGAGCCAUGGACGAAGGUAGGGGUGGUGGCUUGUUUGACCGCCAGGACCCCAAUGACAGGAAUGAAUGGGACAGUGGCGAUGAGGAGGUGGACGAGUUUGGGCGACGCAAGAAGAAGGCAAAAGCUGCUGCGCCGAAAAACGGAGCUACCGCGAAGCGGCAGGUGGCAAGUCAGCUUGCCGACAAACACAAGGCAGCACUGGAAAGGCUGAAGAACAAGCAUGCGACCAGUCAGGCCAGCAAAGAGGAGGAGGAGACCGUGGCCGCUGUCGCUGCUGAAGCCAGCGCGCCUCCCAGAGAUUCAGGGCCUGGCCGGCCCCGUUCACGCAGCCGAAGCCGGAGCCGCCGGCGAAGUCGUAGCCGACGGCGGCGGUCUCGCAGCCGAAGCCGCCGACGCAGCCGCAGCCGCCGGCGCCGCUAG